AUGCCGUUCUCUCACCACAGCCAUUCGGGCCAGUUCUGCCCUGGCCACGCCAAAGAUGAGCUGGAAGAAGUCAUCCAGACGGCAAUCAAGCAAGGGAUGCGCGUGUUCUGCCUGUCCGAACAUAUGCCUCGGGAGAAGAUAGAUUUCUACCCGGAAGAGACCUUUACGGAAGAAGAAGGGUUUCAGAAUGAAGCGGCUUACUUCAAGGAAGCGCUAAGGUUACGGGAGAAGUACAAGCUACAGGUGAAUAUUCCGAUCGGAUUCGAGAUCGACUGGAUCAGGCCAUCGUCGCUCGGUUUGAUCAAGCGAUCGCUAGAGAGCUACUCGUUCGACUUCUUCGUCGGGUCUGUCCAUCAUGUACACACGAUCCCGAUCGACUACGACAUCCCACUUUACCAGGAGGCGCGGGAGAAGUCCGGCGGAACAGACGAGAAGCUGUUUGAAACGUACUUUGACGACCAGCUCGCGAUGCUCCAGGAGCUCCGGCCGCCCGUCGUCGGCCACCUGGACCUGAUACGGCUGAAGAGCGACGACCCAGACGGCAGCUUCACGCAGUGGCCGGUGAUCUGGCAGAAGAUCCUGCGCAACCUCGACUUCAUCGCCGAGUAUGGCGGCCUCAUCGAGCUCAACUCUGCCAGUCUCCGCAAGGGCAUGAGCGAGCCCUACCCCAAAGCUGAGAUAUGCAAGGAAUUCCUUGCUCGCGGGGGCCGUUUUUGCCUCUCGGACGACAGUCAUGGCGUGGCCCAGGUCGGACUGAACUACCACCGCGUCCUCGACUUCCUGGACGCUACUGGCAUCUCGACGAUGCACUAUCUCUCCUACAGCCCCGAUGAUUCGUCCGCCGCGGUCCUCGAUACUCGAUUUCCCCAUACUAAGCUAGGCAGCCUGAGCGUGGAGGACCUUAAGCGAGAGAAUUUCUGGAACCAGCAAGGCCCGCCUAUCACGCCGGCUCUCCGCAUUCCCACCACCGGCCUGGCGCACCUCACGGCACCAAAGGGCCGAGUCAGGAUGGGCAAAGUAGACGAUAUCACGCAGGACGAUGCCUACAACAAGGAGGCCGGCGUCGUCGACCUCGAGAAGCACCAUGCCGUCAGCAAUGCGGUCGAGCUCAAGAGGCGACUCAAGAGCAGGCAUCUGCAGAUGAUUGCCAUCGGUGGAACGAUUGGAACUGGACUGUUUAUUGGUAGUGGCUCUGCUCUGGCGAAAUCCGGGCCUGCGGGCGCGCUGAUAGCAUAUGCCUUCGUCGGAUCGAUCGUCUUCUCGGUCAUCGCGUCGCUGGGAGAGAUGGCGACGUACAUUCCCAUCCCCGGAGCCUUCACCUCGUACGCAACCCGCUUCGUCGACCCCAGUCUCGGUUUCGCCAUGGGUUGGAUAUACUGGUUCUCCUGGGCCAUCACCUUCGCCCUCGAGCUCACGGCCACCGGUCUGAUCAUCCAGUUCUGGAACCCGAACCUCUCCGUCGCCAUCUUCAUCGGCGUCUUCUGGGCCUUCAUCACCGCGCUCAAUCUCCUGCCCGUCAACUUCUACGGUGAGGUCGAGUUCUGGUUCUCCUCCAUCAAGGUGAUUACCGUCAUCGGCUUCAUGCUCUUCGCCAUCUGCAUGAACGCCGGCGUCGGUGACCAGGGCUACAUCGGCUUCAAGUAUUGGCAGGAUCCAGGCGCGUUUGCCCCGUAUCUGCUAAAUGUCAUCGGCAAGGAUAGAAUCUCGCUCGGCAAGUUCCUUGGGUUCUGGUCUGUCCUCGUCCAAGCCGGAUUCUCGUACCAGGGCACCGAGCUGGUCGGUAUCGCGGCCGGAGAGACGCAGAACCCUCGCAAGGCCGUCCCCUCCGCCAUCAAGAAGACCUUCUACCGAAUCCUCUUCCUCUUCGUCCUGACCGUCUUCUUCAUCGGCAUCGUCAUCCCACACACCAACGAGAACCUCCUCUCCAGCAACACCGAUGCCUCUGCCUCUCCCUUCGUCAUCGCCGCUAAGCUCGCGGGCGUCAAGACCCUCCCCGGAAUCAUCAACGCCGUCCUCCUCACAGUCGUCCUCUCCGCCGCCAACUCGAACGUCUACUGCGGCAGUCGUAUCCUCGUCGGUCUCGCCAGCGAGCGCUGCGCACCCCAAUUCUUCAUGAAGACCACCAGGGGCGGUGUCCCCAUCAUGGCCGUCAUGGUCACCUCCGCCAUGGGCUUCCUCGGUUUCCUCAACCUCUCCAACAACGGCGGCACCGUCUUCGGCUGGUUCUUGAACAUCAGCAGUAUCGCCGGCUUCAUCUCCUGGUCCUGCAUCAACGGCUGCCACAUUCGCUUCAUGCAAGCCCUUGCUGCUCGCAACAUCAACAGAACAAGCCUACCUUACCAGGCCCCCCUCCAGCCCUUCCUAGCUUACUACGGCCUUUUCUUUAACAUCCUCAUCAUCUUCACCCAGGGCUUCACCGCCUUCAUUCCAUGGAACACCUCCAAUUUCUUCAUCGCAUACGUCAGCUUGAUCCUCUUCGUUGUCCUGUUCGUCGGCCACAAGCUCUGGUUUAAAACUAAGGUCAUCAACCUGUACGAAGUUGAUUUGGACUCUGGCCGUCUUGAAUGCGACGCCGAGCAGUGGGACGACACCGAGUAUCCUCGUCCCCAGGGCUUCCUUCCAGCGCUUAAACACCGACUUUCACGGAUGUUCUGUUAA